GAUCGCGGCGGGCAUGGCCCUGCGCGCGCGAGUCCCUGUCAGCAGCCGAGCCACGGCGGCCGUGAACUUGGGGACGCGUUCCUGCGGCCCGGCCUCGGUCAUGUAGUCGCCGGCGGCGCUCCCCGCAGCCCGGGAGCCGCAGCGUGAUCCAGACGCAGCCCAGCAGCCCGGGCUUCCCCGGGAGGCGCCGAGCGCCCCGCCACCCAUCGGGUGGCACUUCGGGCCGGAGAGGGACAUGGGGGAGAAAGUUUCCGAGGCGCCCGAGCCGGUGCCCCGCGGCUGCAGCAGCCACGGCGCCCGGACUCUCGUCCCUCCGGCGGCAGCCGUGUCCUCCGAGGGAGCUUCCUCGGCGGAGUCGUCCUCGGGCUCGGAAACUCUGUCGGAGGAAGGGGAACCCGGCCGCUUCUCCUGCAGGUCUCAGCCGCCGCGGCCGCCGGGCGGCGCCCUGGGAACCCGGCUGCCCGCCGCGUGGGCUCCCGCGCGCGUGGCGCUGGAGCGUGGAGUUCCUGCCCUGCCGCUGCCGCCCCCCGGAGGAGCGGUACUGCCGGUACCUCGGGUCAGCAGCGCAUCCCAGGAGGAGCAGGACGAGGAGCUCGACCACAUACUAUCUCCACCACCCAUGCCGUUUCGGAAAUGCAGCAACCCAGAUGUGGCUUGUGGCCUUGGAAAGUCGCUGAAGUAUAAGAGACAGCUGAGUGGGGACGGGAAGCAGCUGCGGCGAGGGAGCCUGGGAGGAGCCCUCACUGGGAGGUACCUCCUUCCAAACCCGGUGGCAGGACAGGCGUGGCCUGCCUCGGCUGAGACGUCCAACCUCGUGCGCAUGCGCAGCCAGGCACUGGGACAGUCGGCUCCCUCGCUCACGGCCAGUUUGGAAGGGCAGCCUCCGAAGAGCCAUUUCAACUCAGCUCGACAUCGCCAGAGACUAGUGGACCCAGCUGCUCCAAAAAAGGAGCUGAGCCUCCCCCGAAGAGGAAGCCUGGUAGAUUCCCAGAAGUGGAAUUGCUUGGUCAAACGUUGCCGAACAAGCAACCGGAAAAGUCUGAUAGGCAAUGGACAGUCACCAGCAUUGCCUCGGCCACACUCGCCUCUCUCUGCUCAUGCAGGAAAUAGCCCUCAAGACAGCCCAAGGAAUUUCUCCCCCAGUGCCUCAGCCCAUUUCUCAUUUGCACGGAGAAAUGACAGGACGGACGGGCGCCGCUGGUCUCUGGCUUCUCUCCCCUCCUCAGGCUAUGGGACAAAUACACCAAGCUCCACGGUCUCUUCAUCCUGUUCCUCCCAGGAGAAGCUGCACCAGUUACCAUACCAGCCAACACCAGAUGAACUACACUUCCUGUCCAAACAUUUUUGCACCACCGAAAGCAUUGCCACUGAGAACCGCUGCAGGAACACGCCCAUGCGGCCCCGCUCCCGAAGUCUCAGCCCUGGACGUUCCCCCGCCUGCUGUGACCAUGAAAUAAUUAUGAUGAACCAUGUCUACAAAGAAAGGUUCCCAAAGGCUACGGCUCAGAUGGAAGAACGUCUAAGGGAAAUCAUCACCAGCUACUCCCCCGACAACGUGCUCCCCUUGGCGGAUGGAGUGCUUAGCUUCACUCACCAUCAGAUCAUCGAGCUGGCUCGCGACUGUCUAGAUAAAUCCCGCCAGGGUCUCAUCACAUCGAGAUACUUUCUUGAGUUACAACACAAGUUAGACAAGUUGCUACAGGAGGCUCAUGACCGCUCCGAGAGUGGAGAACUGGCAUUUAUUAAACAGCUAGUCCGAAAGAUCUUAAUUGUUAUUGCCCGCCCCGCUCGGCUACUGGAGUGCCUGGAAUUUGAUCCUGAAGAAUUUUACUACCUACUGGAAGCUGCAGAAGGCCAUGCCAAAGAAGGCCAGGGAAUCAAAACUGACAUUCCCAGGUACAUCAUCAGUCAACUGGGGCUCAAUAAGGACCCUUUGGAAGAAAUGGCUCAGUUGGGGAAUUACGACAGCGGCUCUGCAGAGACGCCCGAGACGGAUGAGUCACUGAGUAGCUCAAAUACUUCCCUGAGACUUCGAAGGAAACCUCGAGAGAGUGAUUUUGAAACAAUUAAAUUGAUCAGCAAUGGAGCCUAUGGGGCGGUUUACUUUGUUCGGCAUAAAGAAUCCCGGCAGAGGUUUGCCAUGAAGAAAAUCAAUAAACAGAACCUCAUCCUUCGGAACCAGAUCCAGCAGGCCUUCGUGGAACGUGACAUCCUCACUUUCGCAGAAAACCCCUUUGUGGUCAGCAUGUAUUGCUCCUUUGAAACAAGGCGUCACCUAUGCAUGGUCAUGGAGUAUGUGGAAGGGGGAGACUGUGCGACCUUAAUGAAAAACAUGGGUCCUCUCCCAGUCGAUAUGGCCAGGAUGUACUUCGCUGAGACGGUCUUGGCCUUGGAGUAUCUGCAUAAUUAUGGAAUUGUACACAGGGAUUUGAAGCCAGACAACCUGUUGGUCACCUCCAUGGGGCACAUAAAGCUGACCGACUUUGGGUUAUCUAAGGUGGGACUGAUGAGCAUGACUACCAAUCUCUAUGAAGGUCAUAUUGAGAAGGAUGCCCGAGAGUUCCUAGAUAAACAGGUCUGUGGUACACCUGAAUACAUUGCCCCUGAGGUGAUUCUGAGACAGGGCUAUGGGAAGCCCGUGGAUUGGUGGGCCAUGGGCAUUAUCCUCUAUGAAUUUCUGGUUGGGUGUGUGCCUUUCUUUGGGGACACCCCAGAAGAGCUAUUUGGACAAGUCAUCAGUGAUGAAAUCAACUGGCCUGAAAAGGAUGAGGCCCCUCCUCCAGAUGCCCAGGAUCUGAUUACCUUGCUUCUCAGGCAGAAUCCACUGGAGAGGCUGGGAACAGGUGGUGCCUAUGAAGUGAAGCAGCAUCGGUUCUUCCGUUCCUUGGAUUGGAACAGUUUGCUGAGACAGAAGGCGGAAUUUAUUCCCCAACUGGAAUCGGAGGAUGACACAAGUUAUUUUGAUACUCGGUCAGAGAAGUAUCAUCACAUGGAAACGGAGGAGGAAGAGGACACCAACGAUGAGGACUUCACUGUGGAGAUACGGCAGUUUUCCUCCUGUUCACACAGGUUUUCAAAAGUUUUCAGCAGUAUAGACCGAAUAACUCCGAAUUCAGGAGAGGACAAAGAAGACACAGAGGACAAAACCAAAAGCACAACUCUGCCAUCAACGGAGACGCUCAGCUGGAGCUCCGAAUACUCAGAAGUGCAACAGUUAUCGACCUCCAACUCUUCAGACACCGAAAGCAACAGAUGCAAGCUCAGUUCCGGACUGCUUCCCAAACUGGCUAUCUCAACAGAGGGAGAACACGAUGACGCUGCCCCGUGCUCUGGAGACCCCAGAGAGGAGCCAGAAAAGCCAGUCCUCCCCGCUGAGGAGUGUCCCCAGGAGGAGCCCGAGGUCACCACCCCGGCCAGCACCAUCAGCAGUUCCACACUGUCCGUUGGCAGUUUUUCAGAGCACUUGGAUCAGAUAAAUGGGCGAAGCGAGUGUGUGGACAGUACAGAUAACACCUCAAAGCCAUCCAGUGAACCCACCUCUCACAUGGCUCGGCAGCGAUUAGAAAGCACAGAGAAAAAGAAAAUGUCGGGCAAAGUCACAAAGUCCCUCUCUGCCAGUGCUCUGUCCCUCAUGAUCCCAGGAGAUAUGUUUGCUGUGUCUCCAUUGGGAAGUCCAAUGUCCCCACACUCCUUGUCCUCCGACCCUUCCUCCUCACGGGAUUCCUCUCCCAGCCGAGACUCUUCAGCAGCCUCUGCCAGUCCCCACCAGCCCAUUGUGAUCCACAGUUCAGGGAAGAACUAUGGAUUUACCAUCCGCGCCAUCCGUGUGUACGUGGGAGACAGCGACAUCUACACCGUGCACCACAUCGUCUGGAAUGUAGAAGAAGGGAGCCCUGCCUGCCACGCGGGACUAAAGGCUGGGGAUCUGAUCACACACAUCAACGGAGAGCCAGUCCAUGGACUCGUCCACACCGAAGUCAUCGAGCUGCUGUUGAAGAGUGGGAAUAAGGUGUCCAUCACCACCACCCCGUUUGAAAACACGUCCAUCAAAACAGGACCAGCCAGAAGGAACAGUUACAAGAGCCGGAUGGUGAGAAGGAGCAAGAAGUCAAAGAAGAAGGAAAGUCUAGAAAGGAGGAGAUCUCUCUUCAAGAAGUUAGCCAAGCAGCCUUCUCCUUUACUCCACACCAGCCGUAGUUUCUCCUGCUUGAACCGAUCCCUGUCAUCUGGAGAGAGCCUCCCGGGUUCCCCUACUCACAGCUUGUCCCCACGAUCUCCAACACCCAGCUAUCGCUCAACCCCUGAUUUCCCAUCAGGUACAAAUUCUUCCCAGAGCAGCUCACCAAGUUCAAGUGCCCCCAAUUCUCCAGCAGGUUCGGGGCACAUCCGGCCCAGCACCCUCCAUGGCCUGGCCCCCAAACUCAGUGGCCAGCGAUACCGCUCUGGAAGGCGGAAGUCGGCUGGCAGCAUCCCACUCUCCCCUCUGGCCAGGACACCCUCUCCAACUCCCCAGCCUACCUCCCCUCAGCGUUCACCAUCCCCGCUGUUGGGGCACUCACUGGGCAACGCCAAGAUCACCCAGGCCUUUCCUGGCAAGAUGCACUCUCCCCCCACAAUCGUCAGACACAUUGUGAGGCCCAAGAGUGCCGAGCCGCCCCGCUCCCCGCUGCUGAAGCGGGUCCAGUCUGAGGAAAAGCUGUCGCCCUCCUAUGGCAGCGACAAGAAGCACCUGUGUUCCCGCAAGCACAGCCUGGAGGUGACGCAGGAGGAGGUACAGAGGGAGCAGUGUCAGCGGGAGGCGACACUGCAGAGCCUGGAGGAGAACGUGUGUGACGCGCCUUCCCUCAGUCGGGCCCGGCCUGUGGAACAAGGCUGUCUGAAACGCCCCGUGUCCCGGAAGCUUGGCAGGCAGGAGUCUGUGGACGACCUGGACCGGGACAAGCUGAAGGCCAAGGUCAUAGUGAAGAAACCAGAGGAGAAACAUGAAUCCCACCAGAAACCUCACGGCCUUGGUGGUGAUUCUGAAAACUAUGCUCUCUUCAGACUGGAGGAGAGAGAGAAGAAAGUGUACCCCAAGGGGUUGGAGAGGUCAGGUCACUUUGAGAGCACAACGUCAGAGCCUCUUUCGGGGGGCAGCCUGCUGAAGGACACACUUCACAAGCAGGCCAGCGUGCGGGCCAUUGAAGGGGUGACCUCAGACGGGGCGGCGUGCAGCCUGGCACCUGGGGAGCACAGCCAGUCUCUAGGUGACUUUAAACGGGCCUCGGCUUCUGGCGCCCUCCAGGAUGGUAUGUAUCACAUCCCUGACAGGCCCACUCCUGGAAAGGGUGAAUACACAGAGAAGGCCUCCCAGGCCAAAGAGCUCCUCCGAAGUGAGAAAACAGACAGCAAGCUGGCUAAUAUCGAUUACCUCCGAAAGAAAAUGUCCCUGGACGACAAAGAUGACAGUCACUGUGCCAUCUUGAAACCCAAGAUGACAUCGAGCGCCCAUGAGUGCUUGCCAGGGAACCCUAUACGGCCCAUGGCUGGGCAGCAGGAGACCAUGCCAGCCUCUGAGAGCCGGGCAUUCAUCAACAGUACCCACACAUCUCAGAUGAGUGCUGUCUCCUUUGUCCCCCUCAAAGCCUUAGCUGGCCGGGUAGAGAAUGGAGGGGAGAAACCAGGGUUCACUGCUCCCGAGUCCCCCGUGAGGAAGAGCCCCUCUGAGUAUAAGCUGGAGGGCAGGUCAGUUUCAUGCCUGAAGCCAAUUGAAGGCACACUGGACAUUGCUCUCCUGUCCGGACCUCAUGCCUCCAAAACAGAGUUGCCUUCCCCGGAGGCUGCACAGAGCCCCAGCCCAGGUGUCAACACAGGGUCCUUGGGGCCACCCGCCCUCCUCAGUAGCAGUGGGAAAAAGAGCGACCCCGCCAGCCUGCGAGAGCCUUCCUCCACCAGCCUGAAGGUGAGUAAAUCUUACCUGCUGGAGCCUCGGUUCCUGCCUCCAAGCCGGGGUCUCCAGGACCCCCUAGCAGCUCCUGGGCCAGAACCAAAGUCAAAGCACGACAGGAAGGUUAUUCAUCCUGCUGCCAGGAACACAGCAGCUGUCACAGAGAGCCAUCUCCAGCAGAAAGAGGGCAGUCCCACCAAACACCAAGACCGCUCUGGUGACACCAAGGUCCUCCCUGCCCCUGGGCAGACCCUACACAACGUUGACCCGGCAAAGCUGGGUAUACGUGCCCAGCUCCCACCGGAAGGGAUCUCCUCAAAGGAGAAGCCGCAUCUGAAGGAACCAUCUGAAAAGGUGAGGAGUGAGUGCUCUGCCAUGAGGGAUGAUGUAUGCAGAGACCCCCGUGUGAAGCUGUGUCCUGCAGAGACUGGGAAAGCCAGUGACAGUUCCAGAAGCCUCCCUUCUGGGGGAAAGACCCACCCUGAUUUCUACAUGCAGACCCAGACUACGGAGAAAACAUGGGCAUGCGCAAAAACCCACUACAGAGAUGGCCAAGACGAGGUAAAGCCCCUGGCCAGGGAGGACUCCUUGCGCUCAGCCGGGCUUCUGUAUGAAAAGGAGGUAGGCAGGGCAAGAAAAGGCACAGAAUCCAAACCGGAAGUUCCGGCUGCCAGGCACCCUCCUCAGCCACCAGGAACUGAGGGCGAGAAGAGUGAGAAGCUCUCCACCACCCCCUCUUUGCAGAAACAGGCGCCCAGAGAGCCCGACAGGAAGGAACAGGCCCUGCAAAGGCCCGGAGGCAACGGCCCCCAGCAACCCCUGACCACCAAAGAGCUGGCCAACCCAGCAGCUUGGCAGCACCACAGUACUCCAAGCCACACUUUGACCAAGGAGCUGGGGACCAACCCUGCCUCCGCUGCCACCGCCGCUGCUGCAGAACUGAACACCAGCCUCCAGGACACUCCCCGAUCUGCUACUGCCGCCACCACUGCCACCGCCACCGCCAGUGCCGGGCACAGUGACUGCCAUAGUCCGAAGUCCCGACCUGGCCCUGACCCCAGCCCUUCAAAGUCUAAGCACCCAGACAGGUCCCUCUCCUCACAGAAGCUGAGUGCCGCCGCCGGGUCUGCAAAAGGCAAAGAGACUGUCGCUCCAGCCCUCGGUGGCGGCGGCUCCAGCAGAGAGGGGAAGGGGGGCAGCAAGGGUCCCUUGGACAUGUUCCCUGCCAUCCUGGCCACCCAGGGCAAAGCGAUCGACGUGUUCGGGCAGGGAGAAGGUAGGGUCACCAUCGCACUCCACACGGAAGAGAGUCCUCUGGACGCUAAACUGAAAGCCGCCCAUGGAGGCGGUCCCCAAGAGAUGCAGGAGAAGCACCCACCCAGACAAGGACAUCCAGGGUGCAGUGACGCAGUAGACCAGAAACUUCUCACGGCCGGCGAAAAACAAAGCCUGUCUCCAAAGCAUCCCAAACCACCCACUGUGAAAGACUGCCCCACUCUGUGUAGACAGACAGACAAAAGCCCAAGUCAGCAAGCUUCCGUGGGGGACAGGAAGUCAGACGGGAAGAAAUGCACAGAAGCACUUUACGCUCCAGCCCCACAGGGCUACAAGCCGGAGGCCAGCCCUUCCCCCCACCACGGUGAGACCCGACUCAAAGGCCCAGAGAGGCCAGCCGUGGGCAUGGGGAAGGGCUUCUCAGAGUCCAAGGGGAAAGGGCCUGGUCCUCAGAAGCCACCGGCUGAAAUAGGCAAGCCCAGCGGCAUGAAACGGUCACCCUCUGCCACUGCACAGAGUUCUCUCCGCUCAGCUGGCCCCCCAGAAAAGUCUCUGAGCUAUUCAGCCAGCUUUCCUGAGGCCCAGCCUGCAGUACGAGAGGUCACCGCAGCCACCAGCGGCCCCUCACCCGCCAAGGCAAUCGCAGGGACCUCAGAAUCCCCAGCCCCCAGCAGCAGGGACCACAGGAAGUCCCAGUCUGGGGGAGAUGGCCGAAGCCAAAUGACAAAGAGUGACUCUCUGCCCUCCUUCCGCCUCUCCAACUCUGCCCUGGAGUCACACCCCCCAGAUCCACAGGUGCCCAACACAGCCGGCCACAGGGACAGGGCGCUGUCAGUGACUGCUGCCACGGGAGAACCCAGAGGGAGAGAGCUUACCCAGCCUCCCCCAGCCAGGAAACAGAACGUGGGCAGGGAGGUGACCAGAGCGCCCCCGGCCCAAAGCAUGGACCGUUCCCUCCCUCUCUCCUCGGAGAAGGACUUCGUGGUGCGGCAGAGGAGGGGCAAGGAGAGCUUACGUGGCAGUCCUCACAAGAAGGCCUCCUAACAUGCAGCCUUGGUGACAGGCAGGGCUGUGAGACCCCGCCUGAGCAUUCGUGUAACUGGGUCUUUGCCGCCUCACAAACCAGCACCGUAUGGGAAUGUCCUCCCAGCAGAGCUCGGAGGCUCACUGAGGAGGGGGAAGAGGAGGAGGAGAGAUGGAAAAAGGGAACUUUCUUCCAGAUGCCUUCCCAGUUGUAACCGGUAAAACUGUUGCCAGAUAGUGUUUGUACAAAACCUGCCUCUCCAGCAGUGUGUUGUUGGGGAGGAAGUCUCUCUGUACAUACCUAGCAAUGCGUUUGGUUCGGGAUGUGGAGUGUGGACCUCGCUGCUGACCACCGCGUUGACCGAAGCUUUUCUAAAUGAAGGCACUUGUUUUACCACCUAACCAUAACAUAGUAAUGAAGCCAAGUGGUCAGAGCUGGGUAUGUGUGAAAAUAGAAACCCACCCAUGAUUGCGUAUGUACACAUCCACCCACGUGUUUUGGUCUGUGGUUCGAGACUAGUUUCAAGGCUCCAUUUGUAUAGUUAAGGAUGAAAGAAAGCCCUAGAGACAGUAGAUGGUGAGUUUUUGUGUGUGUAUUUAACCAGGAUCUCUGAUCUCAUACUGAGUCUGGCUACCUGUCUUUCUGAGCUGCCGCGUUUGGACCCCUUUACUAGGAGUGGCCAGGUCAGGUGGAGUCAGGCAUCUAUUUGACAGUCCUUGUAGGGGACAUUUUGACCCUCGGGUCCAAGUGGCCAGAAGGGCAAUUGUCCCCGUCUCUGGGUUACGUGUCUGCUCUUCACCUGAGGGCACACAGGGACUAGAAACACACUGCAGGUCAGCCCUUUCUUCCCCUCCUCCCAAGCUCCCACCCUCAGGCCUUUAUGCUGUGAGUCCAGGAAGCACAUUUUAUGGUAGGCGCUGUACCAGCCCUGCCAGUGAGGACACAGGAAAACCACUGGUUACACACACAUCUGCCAGUACUUAGAUGGAGUGAUAUGUAUUAGGCAUUGGAAGAGGUUUUAAGUUUGCUUUUGUUAAGGAAAAAUGGGGGGUGGAUUUUGGCAUCAUAGCAUAUAUAUUAAAGAAUAAUCAGGACAUCAGAUACAUUUUAAUACAUAGCUGGGGCCUUAUGUUGUAGAUGAAGCUUGCUGUUUUUAGCAAGUUCCUGGGUUUCACAUUCAUUUCUGAUGCAUCGAGUAGCUCCAUACAUUUCAUAACACGAUCUCUUUAUUUGUAUGCAAAAAAUUACUGUAUUAAUAAAGAGCAGCAUUUUGUAACAAAGAGACUGGAGCUAUUUGGUGCUUGAAUGUGACCAUCCUUUUUACUUUUGCUAAGCCUUAUUUAAAUUUUGUAUACCAUGAAAUAUGUAGAGUCUGUCAGAUCAUUUUAGUGCUGAGGGUUUUUCUGAUUUGUUUCCGUUGUCGCGGUUUUUUGAUGGCUUGUUUUGGACUGUAAGGUGCCACUUGCUGAAGUAUGGACUAAGGCACAAUGCAGAUAUGUUUUUAUAAGAUGCUUGGGAUCCAUAGCAAGACUUUGUUCUGUAAGAGGAAGAAUAAAAUUACAAAUGAAUAAUGAAUCUAGCACCAGACCCCUUGGGGGUGUGUCUUGGCAUUUUCCACCAGAAGCUUGUUUACGUGAGCACACUCUGUGGAUGGUAAAUCACCUAGUCAGGCUGUAAGCACUCCAGAAACAAAGGCAUCAUUGCAUCACUGACUGCUUGGUCGCCUGUUGUUGCAAAGCCGGUUGGUGAAAGGAAAAAGAAGUGUCUUUUUCACACCUGUCUCCCCACCCCCAUACAGUUCUAGCCGCUCCCCCCCUACCAUCACUACAUUUGUGAAACUGUAGAACCAACAAAUAUUUUUUACAAGAACUCAAAUGGGUCUCAAAAAAAAAAAAAAGGUCUCAAAGCUUAUAAUGCAUAUCUGGUUGGUAGAUCUAAUAGCCCAAUCCUUCUCCACUCAGACAUCAGGACAGGUCUGUCCGGGAGGUAGUUCAUGGUUUACAGCCUUUGCUUUUUAACUGUCCGGUUUUCUUUAAAGCACAACCAGCUGCUUUGUUUACAAAGGAUAUUUUUAUGUAUAUUUUGUAUAGUGUAUUAUCAUUUCGCCAGAUGUGUUUUUGCAUUUUGGAUGAGUACGGAGGAUGUAAGGUUGCUCACAUGUGACACCAGUCUGCUGUUGUGAAUCUCCCCACCCAGCUGGUAGACUUCCUCCUGUGUUCUACUCGGUCAGUCUCUGUGUGGUUGUAAAAUGUGCCCCUCGGUAGGACCCCGAGCUGUAGAUUUGCCAGCUUCGAUUUGUUAGGAUCUGUGCAAUAAUGUGUUUGCAGUCUCAUUUUCUCCAAGACAUCCCCCCCCCAUGAAUGUCAUCACUGUUGUAUAUUGAACAAAUAUUUAUACUUAUGCAGUUGCAUAACAUUGAAUAAAAAUUUAGCAUGAAAGACGA